GGGCGGGUUUCUCAACGACUAUCUUUUUAUUUAAUAAUUUCCUCUAUUUUUUUUCUUGUUUAUUUCGAAUAUUUUGUGAAAAUUUGUACAAAUCUUGCAAUAUAAAGUCUUAUGAACAUGACGGACCAAGAUGUAUCCGACAAACUACCGAAAGAACGCCAAUUAGCAAUUGAAUUGUUAAAUACGAAAGGAAAUAGGCUUGUUUCGCCACUUAAAAUAAAUACUCAGAACUUUAAUAUCAGUGAUUGUUAUGCCGACCGAACGCAAGAAGUGCAAUUAACUCCGAGAAAAAAUGAAAACAACGACUCUACUCAGACUGAUGGCUAUAAUUUUGAGCCGAAAGAAAUAUCUGGAAGAUCUACCGACUUCACGGGCGAAACUGCAACAGACAGUAAGUUCGGUAAUUUCGAUAUAAAAGAAUUCAUUACGCCAGAUUUGGAUGAAAUUUUUGCAACAAGUAUUUGUGAAGAUGUACGUAAAAUGGGUCGUGCGCUGGGCCGGUUAUCAUCGACAAGAGACAGUUUACAAAGUUUACCACGAACCGCCGAUAUUGAUGUAUCUCCAGUACCUUCCUCUUCUACAUCUAUUGCGGCUGACUGGAAUGAGCGAGGAUACAACAAAGAUUGGUUAGCCGACGCUGUGAAUGCGCCUCAAUUGGACUUUGAUGCUGAGUUUCAGUCUAGUGGUGAAGUAAAUGCUCUCUCCAAAAUUAUUCACGAUCAACAUGAUUGGGAAAAGGAAUUCGCUGAUAUUCCAUCCAUUUCGGCAACGGCAAAACCAACGACAUCCGAUGAUCUUUUCAAAAUGCCAGAUAUUCCACCGAAAGCUAAAAACAUUAGAGAUAAACUAAAAAACCACACAGAUUUCGGUGAUUUUUCCGGAUAUUUGGAAGUUGUAAAUGAAACAGAGAGGUUUUUGGAGGAAUCGCGUCGCAAUUUCUCAAUCGGCAAUUUUUUCCUUAAAAACAGUAAUGAUUUGGGAGAAAUGUGCCCUGAUAAGAGUCCUCCAAAAAGAAAUGCCGUCCCAUUGGUCGAUACAUUGACAGAGUAUUCGUGGCUGAAGGAGACAUCAGAAAUGGAUGAUUCAAAAGGAAUCACAGAGAAACGUAAAACAAAAGAUCACGAAAAUAAGGAAAACACCAAUCCUAAUAAUUUAUCUGUGUCUACGAUUUUGAAAGCUUACAAAGCCCUUACACUAAAUGACACACCUCAUACAGUGCUCAAAAAAUUUAAUGCAGCAAAGCAGAGUAAGCAAUCCGGUCAAAAUCAAAAUGAACAUAAUGACAUUUUGAGCUCGACCAUUCUAAGCAACCAAGGAAUUAAUAAUCCUUUUGAAACAGAAUCUGUGGCAGCAUUAGAUGAAACUGCUCCCAAAUCUCCGGAGCCCUGUUGUAGUCCUCAGGUUCAGAAAAAAAACACAUUCUCCAUGGAUUCUUGUGAUGAUUCUGGCAAAGGUCGUACACUUUCUUCCUAUAAUGCAGCUAAUCAACCAACUACUCCACGCAAUACCCAAAAACAUUCUAAACAUGAUCACAUUUCCGGUUCACCUUGUUCCGUUGCCUCAUCACUCGAACGUACUGACGACAUUGACAGAGCAUUGUUGUCUGUUGGUCACUCUGGGAAAUUUUCCCUACCAGCUUAUCCAGUUAGUGUCAACCGUACGCCAUCGCAAUGCAGCACUUCAAGUGAGUACCGGCCAACGGAUAGAAAUGCUAAAUUUCCUUUAAAGACGUCGUGCAUGGAAUUGUCCUGGAAUUGUGUCAAAUUACAAGAACGAGUUUCCAAGAAAGUUACAAUCAAAAAUAUUUGUGAUAAACAUGUGUCUGUCAUGGUGACCAUUUCAGGACCGGGAUUUCAAUGUUCCAUUAUCGGAAAGCAAAAGCUUGAGAAAUACGAGUGCCGAUCGUUCACCAUCGAAUUCUGUCCUACUGUUACCGGACCAGCUGAGGGAUGUUUGUCUUUCGCACUUAUUAAUACAUCACAAGAAUUUGUCCGCAACAUCAAUCUUUUUGGGUAUGGAGGCAAAUCGAAUGUGCGAGUUCGAGGUUUAGAAAUUCCACCAUCUGGUGACAAGUAUUUAUGCAUGGGAACAAUGAGAGACUUGGGUCAUUCCAUGGAACAGUACAUUGAGAUUGGAAAUCGUGGAGAUAUCGAUGCAUUCGCCAUAGUUGCUCACGAGGCUGGUUCCAAAGCCUUCAAUGUUAGCUUCAUUCCGUCCAAUCUAAUUAUAUCUCCACAAAGACUAAGACUCCCUUCGAAACGAUGUGGCUCUAUAAAGAUUUCUUUUACACCUACACGUGAGGAAGCGCGAUACAUUUGUGAUCAACCGCAAGACGUCGUAGUAAUCGCAAAAGUAUCUGUCAUAUAUGGCGAUUGGCCAACACGAGAUCGUUUGAAACGAGUGUCUCAAAAGGUUACAGAGAAAAAUUCUAUAGUGGAGAAAAUUUGUCAACCAUUUAAAAAUGAGAGAACGUCAAGCAGUGGUGAAAAAUUCUUGGAUGACGCGUGGAAAAUCGUUCAAGAAUGCACGAAUACAUUUCAACAUAUGGAGUUCUUACUUACACUUAAUAAAUCAUCCGAUGAAACCAUCAAUCUCACACAGGCAAUUGGAGAGCAAUCAAUUCUCUUCAAGUCAAUGCUUUCCGAUGAAAUGCGCAUACAUAGAGGUGAUACAGAAAUUUUUCCACUAAAAGUUACGCCUGAGAAUAUUUAUUUUAACUCUUUGAGUGAAAAAGUUGAAAUGAAAAUUAAAAACAUAUCUGGUAACAUGGAGACCUUUGAGAUUGGGCAAGAAUUUAAGACGUUUAUUUUUGAUCCUCAAGAAGGACAGAUUGGUCCUGAUGAAGAAAUUGUUGUAGAUAUUAGACUCGCCCACAGAGGUCCAUCUCCAGAUUCUAAAUUUUCAAUAUUUGUAGCUCAUGGAAAAAUCACAAUUCCAGUGAAUGUGUCUUCAUUUUUGAUGCAGUAACCCUUGCCAGCAUAAACACCAGUGAUAGAUUUAAGUACUUAAUUUUAUUUUAUGGGACAACUUCGUCUAUUUUACAUUUUAAACUUUACACUUAUCUCAUUAUAUUUACAUACUUAAUUUUAUCGAAUAAAUUUGUAAAAGCAUGCUCA